AUGACCGGCAAUCCCUACUUUGGUCUCCGAUUCUAUGGCGUCACUGGCCUCGUCCUCGGCGAAAUUGACAUGAAUCUCAGCGGCGGCAUUGGUAUCAGAUUUGAUCGCGAUGAGGCUGCAAACGAGGACGUCACUAUGGGCACGAUCGCUGUCACUGGCGCCGGAAGCCAUGCCGUGGAGACAUGGAACAUUGACGGACUCACGAUCGACUCUGUCAUCGCGCGAGACUGCGGUGAAUGUGGUUUGUUGCUCCAGAACUCUAUCAACGUGGAUGUUGGUCUCGUCGACGGCAACAACGUGGGAGCAAACACUGGCUAUGGCACGUUGCGCUUCGCCAACCGGAACGGACGUUUGGCCAGCGGGAGCUACGACACCAAUGUCCGGGUCGACAGCGUCAAAUCGCGAGGAGGCGGUCGCGGUGUGUUCUGCGUCUCGGAGUCGGGUGGCGCCACGAUCAGCAAUGUCGACCUUGCGGACAAUGGCAAUAACGCGAUUCUUAUCGAGAACUGCUACAAUGUCGAUGUGUCGGGCACUGUCGAUGGCGGAGGCGAAGUCCGCCUUGCUGCGCGAACCGAAUUCGAGGGUAAUCGCGACAUUACCUUGGACCUGGAGGUCAACAACAACAGCGUCCGAGAGUCGCCGUGUGGCGAGAACAGCCAGAUCACCAUCACUGGUGACGCUAGGGUUGAUGUCUGCUAG